AUGACAUUAAUUGAUGAACCUCCGUGUAAGCUGCAAAAACUUGAUGACAAUCUUGCAGAAUUUAAGGUUUUACCAUUACUGGAUUCAUCAAUAUUAUCGCCUUAUGUUCCUACCACAUCCUUCUAUGCGCUGGAAUUGAAUGAUAAGAAAUUGAUUGGUAUUGUAAUAAAAUUGGUUAAUGAGCUCCCCGAGAGAUUGAGGCAUUUGAAGCGAGUAGGAAAAGAGGGAAAAAUAUUGAUUGCGGAAACUAUUGAAGAAUCAGAAGUAGUCUACGAGAAGCUGAAGGAACUUGGAAUUUCAAAAACCUGUUUAACUGAAAUUCAAGUUCCAGCCAUCAAACCGGUCACUCGGAGACAAUUUGAGUAUGCCAAAAGCUUAUGGUCAACUAGUUUCAACGCCGAUAAAGAAGUUGAAAAUCUUUUGAGUGGAGAAUUUUUAACUCCUGAGCUCAAAAAUUAUAUCUCGAAAUAUAGCGAAAUGGCAUCAUCGAUAGAAUGCAUAGCGGUUCAGAACAAGGAAAUCCUUUGUACGGGCUCGUCAAAUCCAGGUCCAUUACGUCAUCCUGUCAUGGAAAUGGUUAGAAAUUUACCGAAACGAGAAGCAAACGCCGAUAAUUAUUUGGGCACUGGAUGCGAUAUUUUUCUGAAAAACGAGCCCUGCGCGAUGUGUGCUAUGGCAUUGGUGCACUUUCGAGUAAAGCGGAUAUUCUUCAAUUCGAAAUCUUCGAACGGAGUCUUGUCCUCGGGAGGAUGGCAACUUCACUUAGAGCCUGCCAUAAAUCAUCACUAUCAAGUCUUUCAUGUGGUUUCGGAUAAAUCUGAAAAUUUUUAA